AGCCAGGCAUGGUGACAGGCCCUCCAUCGAAGUGGGCGGGCAGACGGGAAGCUUGAAGUGGUGGCUCCGCCCCCGGGGCGCAGGGCGCUGGGGCGACCGCGUAGAGAUGAACACAGAAGCAGAACAGCAACUUCUGCAUCAUGCCAGAAAUGGCAACAUUGAAGAAGUAAGACAGGUUCUGGAAACUAUGGAGAAAGGUGAUGAGAUUGCUGACAUAAAUUGCAAAGGAAGAUCUAAGUCUAAUUUGGGCUGGACACCUCUUCAUCUGGCAUGCUAUUUCGGACAUCGACAAGUGGUCCAGGAUCUGUUGAAAGCUGGUGCUGAUGUAAAUGUGUUAAAUGACAUGGGAGAUACGCCGCUUCACCGAGCUGCCUUUACAGGACGAAAGGAGUUGGUGAUGCUUCUCUUUGAAUAUAAUGCUGAUGCGACUAUUGUUAAUGGAAGUGGACAGACAGCAAAAGAAGUCACGCAUGACAAAGAAAUCAGAAACAUGCUCGAAGCUGUAGAACGGACUCAACAAAGAAAACUUGAAGAAUUACUUUUAGCAGCAGCAAGAGAAGGCAAAACAGCAGAACUCAUUGCACUGCUCAACAGGCCCAGUCCUCCUGAUGUUAACUGUUCGGAUCAAUUAGGGAAUACGCCUUUGCAUUGUGCAGCUUAUCGAGCCCACAAGCAGUGUGCCUUAAAGCUUCUAAAAAGCGGAGCAGACCCUAGUCGGAAAAACAAAAAUGAUCAGAAGCCUGUUGAUUUAGCCCAGGGAGCUGAAAUGAAACACAUAUUUGUAGGUAAUAAGGUCACCUACAAAGCACUGAAACGCUACGAAGGCCCUCUCUGGAAGAGCUCCAGAUUUUUUGGCUGGAGAUUAUUCUGGGUGGUGUUAGAACACGGAGUCCUUUCGUGGUACAGGAAACAGCCGGAUGCAGUGCAUCAUAUUCAUCGCCAAGGAUGCAAACACCUGACUCAAGCAGUGUGCACGGUAAAACCCACGGAUAGCAGCCUCUUCUUCAUUAAGUGCUUUGAUGACACCAUUCAUGGCUUUAGGGUUCCUAAGAAUAGUCUUCAACAAUCAAGAGAGGAUUGGAUAGACGUGAUAGAAGAACACUCUGCUUAUACCACACACUAUUGUUCCCAAGACCAGUUAAUUGAUGAUGAAGAGGAAGAUACCAUUUCUGCUGUGGACUUGAAGGAGUCUUUAGAGAAAGCACAAAUAUGCCAACAGAGACUAGAUAGAGAAAUUUCCAACUUUUUGACAAUGAUUAAGGAGUGUGACAUGGCUAAAGAAAUGCUUCCAUCAUUUCUUCAGAAAUCUGAAGUUGUCUCUGAAGCAUCCAGAGAAACUUGUGUAGCUUUGAGUGAUUGUCUUAAUCUCUUCACUAAACAAGAAGGGGUGAGGAAUUUUAAAUUGGAACAGGAGCAAGAGAAAAACAAGAUUUUGUCUGAAGCGCUGGAGGCCCUGGCCACUGAGCACCAUGAACUAGAGCAGUCACUGGUGGAAGGAUCUCCUCCGCUCAGCGUCCUCAGUGAGGACGAGUUCUAUGAUGCGCUGUCAGAUUCCCACUCGGACCUGUCCCUGAGCCGACUGGAAGCAGUGACAGCGCGCUCCUUUGAAGAGGAAGGAGAGCAUUUGAGCAGCCGGAAAGGCAGAAUGUCUGAAGGAAGUGACUGUGGGGGUGGAGAUUCUCUCUCCAAUGGCAUCAAAAAGCACAGAACAAGCUUGCCCUCCCCUAUGUUUUCCAGAAACGACUUCAGUAUCUGGAGCAUCCUCCGAAAAUGUAUUGGAAUGGAGCUAUCCAAGAUCACCAUGCCAGUUAUAUUCAAUGAGCCUUUGAGUUUUCUCCAGCGACUGACUGAAUAUAUGGAGCACACGUACCUCAUCCACAAGGCCAGCUCCUGCUCUGAUCCUGUGGAAAGGAUGCAGAGCGUAGCUGCUUUUGCUGUGUCGGCUGUUGCCUCUCAGUGGGAACGUACUGGAAAGCCUUUCAAUCCACUUCUGGGAGAAACUUAUGAAUUAGUCCGAGAUGACCUUGGGUUCAGACUCAUCUCUGAACAGGUCAGCCAUCACCCACCAAUUAGCGCAUUUCACGCUGAGGGGUUAAACAACGAUUUCAUCUUUCAUGGCUCCAUCUAUCCCAAGCUCAAGUUCUGGGGCAAGAGCGUAGAAGCAGAACCCAAAGGAAUCAUUACCUUGGAGCUCCUGGAACACAAUGAAGCAUACACAUGGACAAACCCCACCUGCUGUGUGCAUAACAUCAUCGUGGGCAAACUCUGGAUUGAGCAGUAUGGCAAUGUGGAAAUUACGAACCACAAGACCGGAGACAAAUGUGUAUUGAAUUUCAAGCCAUGUGGCCUUUUUGGUAAGGAAUUACACAAAGUCGAAGGCUACAUUCAAGACAAAAGCAAGAAGAAGCUGUGCGCCCUCUACGGGAAGUGGACCGAAUGUCUGUACAGUGUGGACCUGGCCACAUUUGAGGCUUACAAGAAAAAUGAUAAGAAGAACACUGAGGAGAAGAAGAACAGCAAACAGAUGAGCACAUCCGAGGAGUCCGAUGAGAUGCCCAUGCCGGAUUCUGAGAGCGUGUUUGUUAUCCCGGGAAGCGUUCUACUGUGGCGGAUCGCCCCCAGGCCUCCUAACUCCGCCCAGAUGUAUAAUUUUACCAGUUUUGCAAUGGUUUUGAAUGAAGUAGACAAGGAAAUGGAAAGUGUGAUUCCUAAAACGGACUGCAGGUUGCGGCCUGACAUACGUGCUAUGGAAAAUGGAGAGAUUGAUCAAGCUAGUGAAGAAAAAAAGCGAUUAGAGGAAAAACAAAGAGCAGCACGCAAAAACAGGUCCAAGUCAGAAGAGGACUGGAAGACCAGGUGGUUCCAUCAAGGCCCUAAUCCCUACAAUGGUGCACAAGACUGGCUCUAUGCGGGCAGCUACUGGGACAGAAACUACUUCAAUCUACCUGACAUUUAUUAAAAUGCACAUAAGUCAGGGUGGUUGGCUGAUUUAUGAAUAAGUCUUAAAUCUGUUUUUUGUGUUUGUUUUUUUUUAAAAUGGGUGGGUUUUUUUCUUCUUGAUUUCUACUCAUCUUU